UGAAACAUGUAGAAGAAUGCUGGGAGGCUUUAAAUCACUAGUUUUGGAGAAACCAAGAAAACUUAUUUUUAAGAGGCAGUGCUGGAUAGAUUUCCCUCUUUUCAUUUAGAUGGAGACUUGUAUAUAUUUGUUCUCCAAGAUUAAUGGGCAGUUCGUUUUAAUGCUUCUUUUUAGUUUAGCCAAAAAGGAACACCUUGGAGCUUCAUCUGUCAACUUGGAAUCUAAAUUACAGAGCAGUUAUAAUUUUGGCAAAAGUUUUCUUGGAUUGGACAAAUGCAACGCCUGCAUUGGAACCUCUGCCUGCAAGAAAUUCUUUAAAGAGGAACUAAGGUUUGACAGCUGGCUCGCUCCACACUUGCAGCUUCCUCCUGAUUCUCUUCAGAAUUACUCGGGAAACUACACUGAUGAUGGAGAGGCCUGGAAGCCAGUAGAGAUUUUUCGGCUGGCAAGCAAACAUCAGCAUGAUAUGGCAGACAAAAUGAUAUGCAACUCCCGUAAUCCUUGCAAAACCUGUAGUAUAGAGAUGGUGCUGAGGAAGACACAACGAUUUCAAAAGUGGCUGAAAGCAAAACGUCUCACUCCAGAACUGGUUCAGAGUCUACAAACUCCAUUUCUUCUAUGUCCUUCCCAACGUCUUCUAGACAGAAUUGUUCGCCGUUAUACUGAAGUGUUUGAUGCUGGUAGUGUCUACAUGACUCACCUAACUGACAAAGACAAACUGAGGCUACUGUAUACAUUGUCAGUUAAUGCACAUCCAAUUGUACUACAAAUAUUUCCAGGAGCUGAGGGGUGGCCAUUCCCAAAAUACUUGGGCUCAUGUGGACGGCUCUUUCUAAGCACCAGCAUUAUGCCUUUAACUGCUUUCUACAGCUCUCCUCCUGAUACAGCUGCAGAUUUGGCCUAUCAGCUUCUUCAAAUAAUUCACUAUCUAAGAAAUAAUGACCUGAACUAUUUAUUUUACUUUACCGAUGUUGACGUGGGUACAUUUGGUACUUAUAGUGAUGGACGCGUGUUCAUCAGGAAUGCGAGCCGGCUUGGAGUUAUCGACUUACAACAGAAUGAAUCAGAAAAUGUCCGGACAAAUGAAGAGAGUGAUAUAUUCAGUUUUCUAUCAUCUGAUACUUCUUCUAAACAUCUUUCAUGUGAAAAUAUUAAUGCCGCACAUAACCUUGUUUUGGUGUGUAAAGAACUUCUGCCUCGCCUUUUAUUUCAAAAAUUUCCCAAUGCCAUUCAACAAGAAAUAGAUCAUUAUUUAAGUGACUGCACCAAUAAUGUAUCCAAUGACCUGGAGGCACAGAAAAUACUAAAUAAACUAAUGAAAAUCUUACAUCCUUGGCAGACCUGUGAUGCCCGGUUUGCAUACAGGUACCCAGAAUGCAGAUACAGUACUAAACCAUAAUGGAUAUGGCAACCACUUACUUUAUUCAAAUCAUAGAUUUAUGAAAGUUUUGAAAAUGAGUUACACAUUAUGUAACUCAUAUCUGUAAAGAUCUGGCACUGAAAACUGCUUACAAAUUAUUGCUGUAGUAACAACUGACCAACUUCUGCUGAAAGGGAUCAUUUUAUGGAACCAAGAGGAAAACCCAUCAUAAUAUAUUCAGCAUUGUGUCACCUUUUUGUCUUUAUUGUUGUCUUUAUAGUUAUUUUUUUCCAACAAAGAACAUUCUAUGUGCUGGAAUCAGAUUAUUCCUCUAUAUAUUACAGUAGGUAUAAUAACUAUGAGAUCUAUUCAGCUUUCAGUCUCUGCAGCUGAUUCACUAUAGAAUCACACAAGAAUUAGAGAAGCUAGAGAGACUGGUGAGGCUCAUGAAGCUGUAAGGACUUAUAGGGAUAGUCUAAUCAGAAUUAAACUUUUAUGACUAGGGGCACUAGGUAGGGCAUGCAAUUUUAAACUACUUUCCAAUUUACUUUUAUCAUUAAAUUUGCUUUUUUUAUCUUGGUAUUCUUAGUUGAAAGCUAAACCUAGGUAGGCUCAUAUGCGUAAUUUUAAGCCCAGAAGGCCACCUCUUAUCUGAAUGCAUUUGACAGUGACAGUUUUUUCACAGCUAGAGGAUGUAAGUUCAUGUGUGCCAUACAGAUAACAUUGUGACCACGCCUGUGGAUUUACAAGUGAGAGGGCACUGAUUGGCUAAAUGCAAGUCUGUCAAAAGAACUGAAAUAAAGGGGCAGUCUGCAGAGGCUUAAAUACAAGGUAAUUACAGAGGGAAAAAGUAUAUUAAUAUAACUGUGAUGGUUAUGCAAAACUGGUGAAUGGUUAAUAAAGGGAUUAUCUAUCUUUUUAAACAAUAACAUUUCUGGAGUAACUGUCCCUUUAACUCUGUACACUUAUUAUUCAGUGUAACUAUAAACUAAUUUAUAACUACCUAUAGAUAAGUGCCUACACAAGCAGUUUUAACAGUUAAUAUAGCCACAAGUAUGGGUAAGGUUAUCACCCAGACCAUAUUUUACCAAUAAGGCUCUUAUUUUUAAUAAAAGGGGCAUGAAACCCAAACAUUUUCUGUCAUAAUUCAGAUAGAGAAUACAAUUUUAAACAGCUUUCUAAUUUACUUCUAUUAUCUAAUUUGUUUCAUUCUCUUGGUAUCAUUUGUUUAAGGAGCAGCAAUGCACUAAUGGUUUCUAACUGAAGACAUGGGUGAGCCAAUGACAAGCGGUGUAUGUAUGCAGCCACCAAUUAAUAGCUAGAACCUAGGUUCUCUGCUGCUCCUGAGGCUUGCCUAGAUAAUCCUUUCAGCAAAGGAAGACAAGAGAAGGAAGCAAAUUAAAUAAAAGAAGUAAAGUUGUUUAAAAUUGUAUUCUCUAUCUGAAUCAUGAAAGAAAGGUUUGGGUUUCAUGUCUCUUUAAGGCAAUAAAAAACAAAAUUUAUGUAAGAAUUUACCUGAUAAAUUAAUUUCUUUCAUAUUGGCAAGAGUCCAUGAGCUAGUGACAUAUGGGAUAUACAUUCCUACCAGGAGGGGCAAAGUUUCCCAAACCUCAAAAUGCCUAUAAAUACACCCACCCACCACAUCCACAAUUCAGUUUAACGAAUAGCCAAGGUGUGGGGUGAUAAGAAAGGAGCGAAAGCAUCAACAAGGAAUUGGAAUAGUUGUGCUUUAUACAAAAAAAAUCAUUACCACCAAAAAAAGGGUUGGCCUCAUGGAUUCUUGCCAAUAUGAAAGAAAUUAAUUUAUCAGGUAAAUUCUUACAUAAAUUAUGUUUUCUUUCAUGAAAUUGGCAAGCGUCCAUGAGCUAGUGAAGUAUGGGAUAGCAAAUACCCAAGAUGUGGAACUCCACGCAAGAGUCACUAGAGAGGGAGGGAUAAAAAUAAAGACAGCCAAUUCCGCUGAAAAAUUAAUCCACAACCCAAAUCAAAAGUUUUAAUCUUUAUAAUGAAAAAAAAUGAAAUUAUAAGCAGAAGAAUCAAACUGAAACAGCUGCCUGAAGUACUUGUCUACCAAAAACUGCUUCUGAAGAAGAGAAAACAUCAAAAAUGGUAGAAUUUAGUAAAAGUAAGCAAAGAAGACCAAGUUGUUGCUCUGCAAAUCUGAUCAACAGAAGCUUCAUUCUUAAAAAUCCAAGAAGUGGAAACUGACCUAGUAGAAUGAGCUGUAAUCCUCUGAGGCGGGGAUUUACCCGACUCCAAAUAAGCAUGAUGAAUCAAAAGCUUUAACCAAGAUGCCAAAGAAAUGGCAGAAGCCUUCUGACCUUUCCUAGAACCAGAAAAGAUAACAAAUAGACUAGAAGUCUUCCUGAAAUCUUUAGUAGCUUCAGCAUAAUAUUUUGAAGCUCUUACCACAUCCAAAGACUGUAAGGAUCUCUCCAGAGAAUACUUAGGAUUAGGACACAAAGAAGGGACAAACAUUUCUCUACUAAUGUUGUUGGAGUUCACAACUUUAGGAAAAAAUUUAAACGAAGUCCGCAAAAAUCGCCUUUUCCUGAUGAAAAAUCAGAAAAGGAGACUCACAAGAAAGAGCAGAUAAAUCAGAAACUCUUCUAGCAGAAGAGAUGGCCAAAAGGAACAACACUUUCCAAGAAAGUAAUUUAAUGUCCAGAGAGUGCAUAGGCUCAAAUGGAGGAGCCUGUAAAGCCUUCAAAACCAAAUUAAGACUCCAAGGAGGAGAAAUUGAUUUAAUGACAGGCUUGACACGAACCAAAGCCUGUACAAAACAAUGAAUAUCAGGAAGUUUAGCAUUUUUUCUGUGGAAUAGAACAGAAAGAGCAGAUAUUUGUCUUUUCAAAGAACUUGCAGACAAACCCUUAUCUAAACCAUCCUGAAGAAACUGUAAAAUUCUAGGAAUCCUAAAAAAAUGCCAAGAGAAUUUAUGAGAAGAGCACCAUGAAAUGUAAGUCUUCCAAACUCGAUAAUAAAUCUUUCUAGACACAGGUUUACGAGCCUGCAACAUAGUAUUAAUCACUGAGUCAGAGAAACCUCUAUGACUAAGCGUUCAAUUUCCAUACCAUCAAAUUUAAUGAUUUGAGAUCCUGAUGGAAAAACGAACCUUGAGAUAUAAGGUCUGGCCUUAAUGGAAGUGGCCAAGGUUGGCAACUGGACAUCCGAACAAGAGCCACAUACCAAAACCUGAGUGGCCAUGCUGGAGCCACCAGCAGCACAAACGAUUGCUCCAUGAUGAUUUUGAAAAUCAAUCUUGGAAGAAAAACUAGAGGCGGAAAAAUAUAGGCAGGUUGAUAACUCCAAGGAAGUGUCAAUGUAUUCACUGCUUCCGCGUGAGGAUCCCUGGACCAGGAUAGGUACCUGGGAAGUCUCCUGUUUAGAUGAGAUGAGAUGCCAUCAGAUCUAAUUCUGAAAGCCCCCACAUCUGAACAAUUUGAAAAAAACACAUCUGGGUGAAGAGAUUAUUCUCCCAGAUGUAAAGCUUGAUGACAGAGAUAAUCCACUUCCCAAUUGUCUAUACCUGGGAUAUGGACCGCAGAAAUUAGACAGGAGCUGGAUUUUGCCCAAGCAAGUAUCCGAGAUACUUCUUUCAUAGCCUGAGGACUGUGAGUCCCACCCUGAUGAUUGACAUACGCCACAGUUGUGACAUGGUCUGUCUGAAAACCAAUAAAUGUCUCUCUCUUCAAAUAGAAGCCAAAACUGAAGAACUCUGAGAAUCGUACAGAGUUCCAAAAUAUUAAUUGGUAAUCUCGCCUCUUGAGAUUUCCAAACCCCUUGUGCUGUCAGAGAUCCCCAGACUGCUUCCCAACCUAAAAGACUCGCAUCUGUUGUGAUCAUGGUCCAGGUUGGAUGAACCAAAGAGACCCGUAGAACUAUACGAUGGUGAUCUAACCACCAAGUCAGAGAUAGUUGAAUAUUGGGAUUCAAGGAUAUUAAAUGUGAUAUCCUAGAAUAACCCCUGCACCAUUAAUUCAGCAUUAAAAACUGGAGAGGUUUCAUAUGAAAAUGAGCAAAGGGAAUCGAAUCCAAUGCUGCAGUCAUGAGACCUAAAACUUCCAUGCAUAUAGCUACUGAAGGAAAUAAUAGAGACUGAAGGUUCUGACAAGCUGAACCCAAUAUAAAUUGUCUCUUGUCUGUUAGAGACAAAGACAUUGACACAAUCUAUCUGGAAACCUAAAAAAGGUGACCCUUGUCUGAGGAAUCAAGGAACUUUUGGUAAAAUGAUCCUCCAACCAUGUCUUUGAAGAAACAACAGAAGUUGAAUCGUAUGAAAUUCUGCAGAACGAAAAGACUGAGCAAGUACCACACCGAGAAACUUUGAAAAGAUUCCUAGAGCUGUCGCUAGGCCAGAAAGGAAAAGCAACAAAUUGGUAAUGCUUGUCUAAAAAAGAGUAUCUCAGAAAAUGAAAACAGAAUAUGAAGAUAUGCAUCCUGUAAGUCUAUUGUAGGCAAAUAAUGCCCUUGCUGAACAAAAGACAGAAUAGACCUUAUAAUCACCAUUCUGAAAGAUGGUACUCUUACAUGACAAUUCAAAAGAUUUUCUUUCUUUGGGACAAUGAAUAGUUCUAAACAAAACCCCAGACCCCGUUCCUGAAACGGAACUGGUAUGAAUACCCCAGAUAACUCCAGGUCUGAAACACACUUCAGGAAAGUCUGAGCCUUUACUGGAAUAGCUAGAAUAUGUGAGAGAGAGAAAGACUCAUAGGCGGUCUUACUCUGAAUCCUAUUCUGUACCCCAAUCUAAGAAGUUUGGGCCGAAUUGAACCAAACAACUUUAGAAAAAUCUUAACCUACCCCCUACCAGCUAAGCUGGAAUAAGGGCCGCACCUUCAUGCGAAUUUGGGGGCUGGCUUUGAUCUCUUAAAUGGCUUGUAUCCAUUCCAUUUUGAAGAAAGCUUCCAAUUAGAAACAUGUUACUUGGGGAAGAAUUAGGUUUCUGUUCCUUAGUAAGAACAAAAACUAAUAUAAGCUUAAGAUUUACCCUUAGAACUUAAUCUUGAAGCAAAAAAACUCCCUUCCCCAGAGUAACAGUUGAAAGUAUUGAAUCCAACUGUGAACCAAAUAAUUUAUUACCUUGGAAGGAAAGAAAAUAGAAAUCUGGAUUUUAGAAAUCAAAUCAGCAUUCCAAGAUUUAAGUCACAAAGUUCUUCUAGCUAAAAUAGCUAAAGACAUAUAUUUAACCUCAAUUGUGAUAAUAUAAAAAAUGGCAUCACAAAUGAAAUUAUUAGCAUGUUGAAUCAAGUUAACAAUGCUAAACAAAUCAUAAUCCGAUACUUGUUGCGCUAAAGUUUUCAACCAAAAAAGAUGAAACAGCUGCAACAUCAGCCAAAGAAAUUGCAAGCCUAAGAAAAGGGCCUGAAAAUAAAUUAAUUUUCCUUAGAUAAGAUACAAGUUUCCCAUCUGAAGGAUCUUUAAAAUAAAUACUAUUUUCGAUAGGAAUAGUAGUACGUUUAGUAAGAGUAGAGAUAGCCCCAUUAACUUUGGGGAUCUUUUCCCAAAACUCCAAACUAACUGCUGGCAAAGGAUACAAUUUUAAAACCUUAAAGAAGGAAUAAAAGAGGUCCCAGGCCUAUUCCAUUCCCUAGUAUUAGGAACUGGAAACAAACCUCUGAAGUAACCAAAGGAGGUUAAUAAGCAGAAUUUAAAUGUUAGCUAGCCUAAAAAGCAAGAGGACUACUCUUCUCAAUAUCCAAUAAAAUCAACACUUUUUCAACAAAGAACGAAUGUACUCUAUUUAAAAGUAAAAAAGUAGAUUUGUUAGUGUCAAUAUCUGAUGAAGGAUAUUCUGAAUGAGAUAAAUCAUCAUCAGAGAAGGAUAACUCAGUAUGUUGUCGGUCAUUUGAAAAUUCAUCAACUAAAUGAGAAGUUUAAAAACGACCUUUACAUUUUAUUAGAAGGCGGGAUGGCAGACAAAGCCUUCAGAAUAGAAACAGAAAAAUAUUCUAAUAAAUUCCCAGGUAUAUCUUGUACAUUAGAUGUUAAAAGAAUAGCAAUAGACAAUGCAUUAAUACUGAUGGACAUUUUUCUCUGCAUGUAAAAGUUUAUCAUGAUAACUUAUUACAAACCAUAGCUAAAGAUAAAAAUUCAUAACAUUAAAAUAAGUGAACUUAGCUUUGGAAGGACUGCUAUCAGUCAGCAGGAAUCCAACAGUGUUUUCUGAUACAGGAACAGUUUUGAGAUAUCUUGCAAAUGUAAGAGAAAAAACAACAUAUAAAGCAAAAUAUCAAUUUCCUUAUAUGACAGUUUCAGGAAUGGGAAAAAAUGCAAACAAAAUAAGCCUCUGGAAACCAGAAGCAAAAUAAAAUAAAGACUUAAAUAAUGUCAGAAAUCUGGCGCCAAGUAUGACGCCCACAACUGACAAAAUAUUUUUUGGCGCCAAGAACAUCUGCAACAAACGCAACAACGUGAAAAUUCUCGGCGCCAACUAAGACGCCGGAAAUGACGAAAUUACGUCAACAAACGUAAUUCUCGCGUCAAAAAAGUCUUGCGCCAAGAAUUACACAAUAAAUUAUAGCAUUUUGCGCUCCCGCGAGCCUAACAGCCAGCAAUUUAAAAAAGAGAGUCAAUUUGAAAAUUUCAGGUAAGAAUUUUUUUUUAUUUUUUUUUAUGCAUUUCCCAAAAUGAAACUGACAGUCUGCAAAAAGGAAAUAUACUGAUUAACCUGAAUCAUGGCAAAUAUAAGUACAAAACAUAUAUUUAGAACUUUACAUAUAAAAUGCUAAACCAUAGCUGAGAGUGUCUUAAAUAAAAGAAAACAUACUUACCAAAAGACACUCAUCUACAUAAAGUAGAUAGCCAAACCAGUACUGAAACGAGAAUCAGUAGAGGUAAUGGAAUAUAAGAGUAUAUUGUCGAUCUGAAAAGGGAGGUAGGAGAUGAAUCUCUACGACCGAUAACAGAGAACCUAUGAAAUAGAUCCACAUUACGAUGACCAUUGUAUUCAAUAGGUAAUACUCCCUUCACAUCCCUCUGUCAUUCACUGCACUCUGAGAGGAACUGGGCUUCAGCAUGCUGAGAAGCGCAUAUCAACGUAGAAAUCUAGCACAAACUUACUUCACCACCUCCAUAGGAGGCAAAGUUUGUAAAAACUGAAUUGUGGGUGUGGUGGGGGGUGUAUUUAUAGGCAUUUUGAGGUUUGGGAAACUUUGCCCCUCCUGGUAGGAAUGUAUAUCCCAUAUGUCACUAGCUCAUGGACUCUUGCCAAUUACAUGAAAGAAAUAAAGAAUAAAUAAUGCUAACCUCAAAAGGUCUGACAGGAAAUAUAUGAUAGGCGAAUUUCUUUUAAAUACCUCACCAGCCUUUAACAGAUGAUCAACAACAGCAAGAUAGAACAGCAUGCACAACAUUACCACACAUGUGCAGUGUCACCACGUUUUGACUGAGGUAAUCUUGGAGUUGGUGCUAUUUCUAAUUAAACAAGCUUCAAUGGGUACAAGACUAAGACAAGCAUUGGGGGAAAGUAAAAUGGCAGACAAGUAUAGACAGAAAAUUAUUUUAUAUUAGCAUAAAGUACUAGCCAGAGAGGCAUAUUCUCCUGAAUGAAUGUGCCACCCCCUGGAUGUGUCUAUUGGUAUUCCAAACAGAUGUAGGGAUAAAAUCACUGAUCAUUAAGUGUUCUUGAUAAAAUGGGUUAUGUGAUUUUACUAUAUGUUUGAAUGUGAGACAAUGGAGUAAAAUCACUGAUACAAAAUUGAGAACAAAUAAAAAUUGAUAAUAGAAGAGAACAAAUAAAAAUCGAGAACAAAUAAAAAUUGAUAAUAGAAGUAAAUUAGAAAGUAGCUUAAAAUUGCAUGCUGUAUCUGAAUCAUGAAAGAAAAAAAAACUGGGUUUAGUGUCUCUUUAAAUCCAGUGGGGUGAAAUUACUAAUCUGUACAUGCUACAGGCACAAAGAGAUUAAACAAACAACCCAUUUAAAGAAAAGUAAAAAGCAAAAUAUAGGCAUUUCUUAAAAAGAAAUGUUAAAAUAUUACUCUAUAUGUGUUACAACUGAGGGGGUAAAAUCACUGACCUGUCUGUGUUAUGGGCACAAAUUGCUUAAAUAAAUAAUCUAUGUGUGUUGCUGA